AGACUGCCGUUAGUGCUCAAGAUCCCAGUUUUGGAUUUACACCUCGCCUUUGGUCAGGUCAUGAGGAGAUUGAACCUCCGGCCGCGGGUCACCGUUCGCCGUGACGACCGGCGGACCUUUGGCGAGAGUUUCGGCAUGAUGGCGUGCCGCUCCAUCGAGGAUGUGCUCGCAGAGCUCGGCUCUGACUCUGCUGACAAUCGAAAAGGGAAGACAGGAGGCGCUCGUGCGAAGCUGCUGGAGGCCUUUGUGAGCCCAGUACCCUUGGAGUUUCUUCCAGUCAACGACACCUACGGAUCGACCCGUGGGCAGCGCACGGCGUACUACAAGACCAUGCAAGCCAACCUCCUGGCCGAAGCAGCUGCCGCCUUCAAAAGUGGCGGGCAAAGACUCCUUCUGAACGGCCGGAGACAAGGCACGCCGGGCGUGAAUGCGCGACUUCUGGUGUCUCUACCGCCGGAGCGCCGGGCGAAUGCCGAGCCGAAAUCGCAGCUCUCAGAGCUUCAGCUCAAGGAUAACGUCCUCGAGGUGGAUGGCGAGCUGUUUUGGGUCACCGUCUGCGAGGUGGACGAGAGAACUGCCGCGGCAGGUCUCGAAGGCUUCUCGCUCGACGGGCGGCGUCUGGAGAACUUUGAGGAAUGCGGCGUGAAGGUCCGGUUGUUCGCAGGGGACUAUUCAAGCAGAUUGAACUGUGCUUUGGAAUUGGAGGAGCUUGCUGCGCCUGUCCCUGAACUGGAACGAAUGGUCUUGGAUCCAAGCCGUCCAGUUGCCAGCACGCUUCGCGGGUGCGGUUGGCGCAUCCAUGAUGAGAUGCUGCCGAUCAACGAGGACCAGCAAUUGGCAGUGAGGUCACUGACUCAUCGCGUGGAACUCAUUCACGGGCCACCGGGGACAGGCAAGAGCACUACGAUUUUCCACAUCUUGAACAACCGUCUGCCUGCGGCGGCUGCAGCGGUGGUCACCUGUGUCACCAACCAGGCCAUCGACGCGGUGGCGGAGAAGCUGAGCACGGCGCAUGAGGGAGGCGGUCUGAAGAUCUUGGUGUUGGGGAACCCCGAUCGCGUGGGCAAGACCGCGGGGAAGUACACGCUCGAGCAGCUCUGCCUUCGAGAUGAUUUAGUGGUGAGCAUGAGGUGGGCAGCGCAAGUCUUGCACAGAACCUUGAGUUCUCUCCAACUGCUCCAGAAGACCCGGAACGAGCGUCUUUGGCGGCCCCACAACACUUCGCGGUUGCGCCUGGCUGACAUUGAGAAGCUGCCCUCGGUCCAAAGGUAUGCUGAGGAGCUGCAGAGAGAAAACCGCAAGCGACGGCUCAGCGGCAUGCCAGAGGAGGCCUAUGACCCAAUGAGGUUCUAUCUCGACCGGCUGAACGCGAGCAAAGAGAAGAUGGCUUGGGUGGUCGUCCGGAGCAGGCCUUUGCGCUAUCACAAAUUCUGCAGAGGACUCGUCUUUGGGCAACCGUUCCGCGCCUUCAACGUGGAGCAGCUCCUUCAAAAAGUGUCGGCGGCACAUCGGAAGGCUCAGAGCGCGCUGGCCGUUGCACAAGCCACUGCCCAAAGCCGAACGGUGCGCAACACCCGGGUGUUCUUAUGCACCAUCCCCUCGGGGUACAAGGUACAAAAGCUGCAAGAGGACUUCGAAAAGGAUUUCCCUGGCCGGCUUGUGAUCAGCAUUCUCGACGAAGCCGCGGCUACUGCCGAGACCUACAUGCCUUUGAUUCUGCGCAUGGGCGUGGAAAACUUGGUCUUGCUUGGGGACCACAAGCAGCUCAACCCUCUGGUGCUCGCGACGGCUGGGGAUUGGGAGAUCAAGGUUGGCGUCUCAACCCGAAUCAAGGACAAGCAAGUGGACAGAAGCUUCAUGGAGCGUGCGAUGCAAAGUGGGUGCAAGCUGCAUGCUCUGCACACGCAGUACCGCAUGCCUGACAUUCUUUGCAAAUUGGUCUCGCAGCUUUUUUACGGCGGCCGGCUCAGCACGGAUUUCUCCGUGCAGAUGGCUGGCAUGGGCCUGGGGGAGAACAAGGUCCUGCAGUGGCUCACCGUGAACAGCCGGGAGUUGGAGGUGGGAACGAGUCGCGUGAACUUCGGGGAAGUGGCCGCGGUGGUCUCCUUGUUGCAGACCAGUCGCGCCUUGAAGAAUCCUCGAGAGAACGUGAUGAUCAUCACGCUCUACAAGCCUCAAGCGGCCUUGCUCUCUGAAACCUUGCAGAAGUUUCUACCAGAACGACUCGACUCGGGCAACGUUAAGGUUGUCACGGUGGAUGCAGCACAGGGCUCAGAGGCCCCACAUAUCGUGCUGUCCACGGUGAGGAGCAACAACGAGUACAACAUCGGCUUCGCCUCCAACCCCCGCCGGCUGUGCGUGGCCAUCAGCCGGGCGCAGAAGACUUUGACCGUGGUGGGCAAUGCCGACGUCUUCUGGCAGUCGCGGCCCAACUGGUGCCGAGUGGUCGACUACUUCUGGCGCAACGGGACAUCACAUCCAGCACAGAUGCCCGCCUCCAUCCUGGAGGUGGCGAAGACUCGUGCGGAAGAGAUGGCAGAACGUUCCUACCGCGCUCCGAAAGGCAAAGGCAAAGGCAAGGGGAAAGGCGCCGAGCGACGGGAGAGAUGUGUGCACUAUGCUCGAGGGCGGUGCAGGCAUGGCAUGCUAUGUGCCUACUUGCACGACUGAUCGGAAAAAGCACGCGAGUCACAAUCAAAACCCGG